AUGGGAAAGCACAAAAAGCCUCACAGCCAGUACCAUGGCUCCAGGGGCGAUGCAAGGGCAGGCCCAAGGGCUGGGAAGAAAAUGGGUGCUUUCUCACGGGUAUCAACUCGAGCCAAGUUGCAGGCCAAGCAGAAGCCCCAGGAUAAAAAUGAUCAGAAGCAUCGUUUGCGACAAAAUCAACGACCAGUCGUUCCGUUCUUGCCUUCCGAUCGAAUACUGCUUGCUGGUGAAGGAGAUUUCUCGUUUGCUCUCUCUCUAGCAAGUAGUCAUGGCUGCCGACGCAUGCUGGCAACAUGCUACGAUAGCAAAGAUAUUUUAUACCAAAAAUAUCCGCCAGCAGAACAACACAUCACUCAGCUCUGCAGUGCAGCAGAAUACACAGGUUCGGCACGAGGAUUAAAGCGAAAACGAGAGGGCACGCCAGCCUCUGAAAAUGGAUCCGGCUCGAAUGGCGAAUCAACCCAACCCGCUGCCGGUAUACAGUCUACUCCAGAUCUGCCAUCGCCGAAAGUCCUCUUUUCAAUAGACGCAAAGAAAUUAGGACUCACUGGCGGUGGCGGAAAAGUUGUUCGAAAGGGGUUUCCGCGCCUCAACCGCAAAAUAAGGGGACAGCCGCACAAACACUCAAAGCCAGAAGCUGGAAAAUCCCGCGAAAUAGAUGAAAGCGGGCCGUGGGACAUCAUAUGUUUCAAUUUUCCACACGUUGGCGGCCUGAGCACGGAUGUAAAUCGGCAGGUCCGCGCAAACCAGGAGCUUCUUGUUUCAUUCUUUAAAGCGUGUGUUCCACUUCUAUCUGCACCACCUCCGGACGAUGAUGGUUAUGACUGGGAGGAGGAAGAUGAAGGUCUGAGCGAUGCCUCGGAUAGCGGCGAGAAUCCGUCGAACAGUCGAAAGCUACGCUCUGAACCUGGACAGGUUAUUGUCACCCUAUUUGAAGGCGAGCCGUAUACGCUGUGGAAUAUUCGAGAUCUUGCACGGCAUGCUGGGCUGAGAGUGGUAACAAGUUUUAAAUUUCCGUGGGGUAGUUAUCCGGGUUAUUCCCAUGCAAGAACGCUUGGAGAAAUCGAAGGAAAGGACGGAGAGAGGGGGGGAUGGAGGGGAGAGGAGAGAGAGGCUAGAAGCUAUGUAUUUGAGCGCAAAGAAUUCGAAGAUCGAGCAAAGGUCGCUGGCAAGAGGGCGAGAAAAAGGAAGAAUGAGAGUGAUGACAGCGAUGAUGAUUGA